GAAGCAGGAGGAAGUGCUUCUAGCAUCUGCCCUUGCUUAUUGAAUUGAGGUUCCCUUUACGCCAGCGCACUCCCGACUGCCACCAUGGCCGGCUCCCGGCUUUCCCUAGUACUGCUGCCGCUGCUGCUGAUCGCCCUGGUCUGUGCUGUCCACGCCGAGGGGAAGCCUCACCUCAUCGGCGGCAUCACCGAUGCGGACGUGAACGAAGAGGGUGUGCAGCGCGCGAUCCACUUCGCCUUAAGCGAGUAUAACAAGGCCAGCAAUGACAAGUUCGGCCACCGAAUGGUGCGGGCGAUUCGAAUUCAGAAGCAGCUGGUGGCUGGCAUAAAAUACAUGUUGGAGAUUGAGAUUAGCCGAACCACCUGCACCAAGUCUGUGACUGACUUUUCAAGCUGCCCCCUUCAUGAGGAUCCAACUUUGAAAAAGAACUCCAUCUGCAAUUUUGUGGUGUACACUGUUCCUUGGAUGAGCAAAAUCAGCCUCCUGAAGGAUGAGUGCAGGGCUGCCUAGAGAUAUCCUUCCACACAUCUGAGCUGCAGCUGUUUUCUCUUUUUUUGAAAAAAAGAGCAAUAACACAACCCAUUUCACUCAUUAUUACCCAAAUUAGUGCUGUGCAAGAUAAUGAUGUAAUCUCCUCCCUAAGCCAGCAGGAGGAGAAAAUAAAGGCAUAUCUAUCAUA